ACGAAAGUGAGCGAUCUGUUGGAAUUGGUUUGUUCAAUGACUUGCGAGGUUGGAUCUGAACUUAUAUCCGGGAAGCUGUAACAAUAAGAGAUUUCUUUUUAAAACACUCUCUGUGUGCUGCUGGAGGUUGGUCGACCAUGCAGCUGGACGUUCUGUGGACAGUCCACGCCCUCCUGGCACUGUCCGGCUUCGCUUUCGGGAACCCGCUCAUCCAUGACCCCUUGGCCGCGCCCCGUGUUUUCAUCUCCUUCAAAGAGCUGAGAUCCACCGGUACCGCUCAUCACUUCGCCUACAUCCUCAACACCACCGACUACCGGAUCCUGCGUAUGGAUGAGGACCAUGACCGCAUGUACGUCGGCAGCAAGGACCACAUCCUGUCCCUGGACCUCCAUGACAUCAACAAGGAACCACAUAUUAUCCACUGGCCGGUGUCCGAACGAAGAAGGAUGGAGUGCCUUGUGAGUGGGAAGGACGCCAAUGAGGAGUGCGCAAACUUCAUCCGCCUGGUCGAGCCAUGGAACAGGACUCAGCUGUACGUCUGUGGGACGGGAGCUUACAAUCCAGUCUGUACCUUUGUCAACAGGGGACGCAAACCACAGACGUCCAUGUAUCUCCAGAUGGCCCAGGCCAGAGGAAGGGCUAGCCGCGCAGCUGAACCCAGCGCGGUGCACGAGACACUUGGACUAAAGGAAGAUAUCUUCCAUUUGGAGCCAGGCAAAGUGGAAUCUGGGAAGGGAAAGUGCUCCUACGACCCGAAUCUCAACAGCGUGUCAGCUUUGAUCAAUGGUGAACUAUAUGCUGGGGUCUAUGUUGACUUUAUGGGAACAGACUCUGCUAUUUUCCGUACUUUGGGGACAAAGACUGCCAUGCGAACAGAUCAGUACAACUCCAGAUGGUUAAAUGACCCCACGUUCAUCCACGUGCAUCUCAUCCCCGACAGCGCAGAGAGAAAUGACGACAAACUUUAUUUCUUCUUCCGGGAGAAGUCCUCUGAUAUGGGCCAGACUCCUGUGACCCAGUCUCGUAUAGGACGCAUCUGCCUGAAUGAUGAUGGAGGCCACUGCUGUCUGGUGAACAAGUGGAGCACCUUCCUGAAGGCCAGGCUCAUCUGCUCUGUGCCCGGGGCCGACGGCAUGGAGACACACUUCGAUGAGCUCCGAGAUGUUUACAUACAGCCAACUCAGGACACAAAAAAUCCAGUGAUAUAUGGCGUCUUCUCUGUCUCUGGCUCUGUCUUCAAAGGCUCUGCAGUUUGUGUCUACUCUAUGGCUGACAUCCGCAUGGUCUUCAACGGACCCUUUGCCCACAAGGAGGGUCCCAAUUACCAGUGGGUGGCCUACACUGGGAAGAUCCCCUACCCUCGACCCGGCACGUGCCCUGGAGGUACGUUCACCCCCAACAUGAAGUCCACUAAAGACUAUCCAGAUGAAGUGAUUAACUUCAUGAGGAAUCACCCUGCCAUGUACAAUGCGGUGUACCCGAUACACAAGCGCCCCCUGGUGGUUCGGACCAAUGUGGAUUAUGAGUUCACCACCAUCACUGUGGACCAGGUGACAGCUGCAGAUGGCAACUAUGAAGUGCUCUUCUUAGGAACUGACAAGGGAACAGUUCAGAAAGUCAUCGUUCUGCCCAGAGAUGACCUGCAGACGGAGGAGCUGGUCCUUGAGGAGGUAGAGGUUUUCAAGGUCCCUACUCCAAUUACAACAAUGAAGAUCUCAUCCAAAAGACAACAGCUGUAUGUGUCUUCUGGCAUAGGGCUGACCCAGUUGGCUCUUCACCGGUGCGAUGUGUACGGCGAGGCGUGUGCUGACUGCUGUCUGGCCAGAGACCCUUACUGUGCCUGGGAUGGCAAGUCCUGCUCCCGUUACUCUGCCUCGCAGAAAAGGUCUGACCCCUUUAGACGUAGCCGGAGGCAGGACGUCAAGUACGGGAACCCCAUCCGCCAAUGCCGAGGCUUCAACUCCAACACCAAUAAGAACACUCUGGAGAUGGUGCAGUACGGGGUGGAGGGAAGCAGUACCUUCCUGGAGUGUCAGGCCCGCUCUCCACAUGCUCUUAUCAAAUGGCAUCUGCAGAGAGAUAACAGCGACCGCAGGAAAGAGAUACGUUCUGAUGGUCGCAUUUUGAAGACAGAGCAAGGUCUACUCCUGCGGUCUCUGCAGCCCUCUGACUCUGGCAUGUACCAAUGUACGGCGACGGAGAAAAACUUCAAACACACGCUGGUCAAGCUGCAACUGGUGGUGCUGUCGAGCCGGGCCGUCAACAAUGUGCUGGUGGAGGGCGGAGGAGGGCUGGUGCCGUCUUCUCUCCACUCCAGCAGCACCCAGUGGACCCCCAGCGCUGGCCAGUACAAGGACCUGCUGACCAUCCUGAGCCAGCCAGAGAUGAGCCUGAUCAAUCAGUACUGCCAGGACUACUGGCAGUUCGGAGACCCGCUGCUGGGCGCCCUCAAGGCCAAAGACCUGAAGGAGCUCAAGGAGCAGAAGAAGCCCCGCAACCGCCGGCAUCACGGGGAGGGGAAGGAGAAAGAGGAGCAGGAGGAGGAGGUAGAGACAUGAGGAGCCCAGCUUUGCGUCUGAUACACCCUCAACCACCCUUCCCCCCCACCCUGUGAAAACUGGGAGAGACACAUUGAGAGUAGCAAACGUGAAAAAAUCCACAAACCGAGAAAAAAAAAGCAAACUGAGAAAAAAAGAGGCUUCCAAACAAAACCCCACAUACAUCCUCUCAAACAGUAAGCUAUAUGAUACACAGUAUUUAUUGUAGGUUGUAUAUAGUAUCAUUCUGUGGAUUUCUUUGUACUUAUAGAAAAAAAACAUGCUCUUUGUGUAUAGGUACCUUUGGGGCAAAUAUUAUUGUUAUUAUUGAUGUUGUUAAUUUUAUUGUUGCUGUUACUGUCAUUACAAAACUCAUCUGUCAGCAUCAUAUGACCUUGGCGACUGUUUGGAAUGUGUUAUCAGGCAUGUAAGCUGUUCGGAGCGAGCUGUGAGAAGCUCUUACGGGGAAAUGAGCUGUUGAUAAGGGGUGAUGGGAUCUCUGUUGUUUCUUGCUUGCUUUGACUCGAUGCCAGGACUCUUUUAUUUCUGGACGCUCCAGGAACGCCUGUGAUGCAACCCCCUCGUGGCUGCAUGCAGCCAGAGACUUAUUAUUGCAAGGGGACCGUCGACACAUGGUCCCAUUUAUUGUGGAGAAACAAUCCUUUCUCCGUGGAAAGCCCAGACGUGCAGAGGACUGUUCAAAUAUUCUCACUGGUGUAAUUGGGCCUUUUUUAUAAAAAACUGGCAGUUGCCCCCCUUCUGUUUCCUUCCUGAUCAGAGGAUUGAGGAUUUCAGCCCACAUGCUAACUCUGAUUAUUUAAUUCUCAAUUGUACUCUACUUUGAGUAACCUACAGCUUCUUCUGGCCAUGAACUCAACGAGAAGGGCACUCGCAGAGCGCAGACGUCCACCACGGCCGUAUCCAAAGGUGAAACAUAAUGAGUGUAUCUGCACCGCUUCAAAAUUCAAUGGGUUCUUCCUUGGCCCGUGUUUCAUGUUUCCACCAAGUUUCUUGAAAAUCGGGAUGGUAGUUUUUUAGUAGUCGUGCUGUGGCAGUAGCUCAGUCAGUAGGGGCUUGGACUGUGAGCCGUAGGGUUCCUGGUUCAAGUCACUGACCAGACCUAAAAAAAAUGGAGUGUGACUGCUACUUGGAGAGUUCCCAGUUCACCUCCUGCCUUGCCGUGGUGCCCUUAAGCAAGGCACUGGACAUCCCCUUCCCCCCUUGCUCCCCAGGCGCUGUCCUAUGAGCUGCCCACUGCUCCUAGUACUGGACUCCUGGUACUAGGAUGGGUUAAAAGCAGAGAACAAAUUUCACUAUGUGUGACUAUUAAAAAGAGGGUUUCAUCCCUCCAAAUCUCAAACUGAACCAAAAAGUUAUCAUCAUUGGCAGAGGUAAAAAAAAAGUUACAUAGAUAAAAGUUGCAAGCAUCAGAUCAGUUUUUAUUAAAUCUAUUAGGAAAUAUAGUGGUUGGGUUCUUUACAAAUGCAAACAUCCUUUGAACUGAGAUUGAGGUACAAUAACGGGUCAUGGUUUUGCACAAGGGGCAUUAUUCUUUUACUUUCAGGGGACAUGGGCUAUGGCCCAAUGCCACAAGCACACUUGGGCAAGUUACUUCUGUAAAAUACUAAAACAUCCAAUUUAAGAUGAAAGCGGUGCUCGGAUCAGGCAGCAGUUGUUAGCUCUCAGACAUCUUUUGUUCUUUCUUCCUUUCACAUUCAUAUGUGGAAAAAAAAUAAUUGCCCAUAUACACAACAGAGCAUUGUAACAAUGUUGUGACACUAACCAAAAUAUUGGGAAGCUGGCUUUCAUUGUGUGCAUGAACCUGUAUUUGUACUGUUAUUCUGAUAAGAUAAUGUGUGGUCGUUUUUCUUUUCUUCUGUUCUUCAUCUCUAGGGGUGUACAGUCUGGUCUCUGAGGGACAUUCUCCGUACAGUAAAAUGGGGACAGCAAAUGCUUUAAGAUGCCCUCAUUUCAAACAUACCCUGUAUAAAGCAUGAUGCAUCUUUUCAUUGACAUUAUUUUGCAAGAGUAUUAAGUGAAAUUAUCUCGCAUAUGUGUUUGGGUAGCACAUAAUGAGGGAAAGUAUCAUACAAUGGCAUAUUAAUUCUGUAGACUAAGGCAGUUUGAAUUUGAUGAGAGGGCUUGUAAUAACACAUGUAAUAACAUCGCAUUAUGUAAUAACUAUACAAAUUGUAAUACGUUUUGGAAUAAUAUGCAUUUUGUAAAAAUAACAGCUUGAACGUAAUACAUUGCCCCACAUUUUGUAAUAAAUUAUUACAUAUCACAAUGAAUAUUUUUAGGAAGGUGAAUGAAUAUGGUGACAUUUGAUGUAAUUAUGGCCAAUGAAAAAUUAUCAACUAUUCCACUGAACUAAUUGUGUUUUUUAAAAAGGAAUUUAGAGUCAUUCUUGAAUGCAUAAAAUAAACAUUAUUGUUAUGUUAUAAAGAGUUUUAUGAAUGAAGACAUCCAUUUUUGUUGGUUAUUACAUAUUACAUGUAUCCAUAUAUGUUCAUGAAAAGUCCCAUUUUGUAAUAACCACAGCAGUAUUUAAUAAUGAAUUACAAAAUGCAGGGAAAUGUAUUACAUAUUGCGUUCACGCUGUUUAUUACAAAAUGCAUGUGUUAUUACAUAAAUGAAUAAAAAUGUAUUACAUUUUGUCUAGUUAUCACAUAAUGCGGUGUUACAGAGCUGUUAUUAAAAGAUGAGUGAAAGUUCUAUUGAGUAGAAUUUAUGCUCUAUUAAAAAUAAUAGUACAGCAGUUUUCCAGUAAGUGAAAUUAAUGGCUAUUUCAUGUAUAAGAAUAUAUGACGGAGAGCGGAAACAUCUGGAACAUUCAUUUUCAUAUUAUUCUGACAUUUCCAGGCUUCUACUACACCUUGCCUAGCUUGUAUUCAGGCUGUCUUGAAUGCCUCUGGGAAGAUGCAUCCAUUAUUCAUACAGAAGUAUCUGUAUCUGCUCUGUCUGUCUGCAUUCCCAGAAUCAAUCACAGCUCCUGAUUGUCUCCUCCAAAUGAGACGAGGGGUUAUACAGCAAAAACAAAAAAGCAAAGAAAGGUUGUACAAUUUGUUGGUAUUUUUGAAAAAAAGGUGUCUGUAGUUUUUGAGUGUUUUUUUUGUUUGUUUUGUAUUUUUGCAUCAUCAGACUUUAUGGAGAAAAAAAAAAGAAAAAAACUAAAUGCACAAAGGUGAUGUUCUUGUAAUGACUUGUGUAAAUUACUCUAUCUUCCCUUUCCAUUGUUGUCGCUGACUAAUAAAUUAAAGCUCUAUAUUUUAUAAGAAUGGAAUGCUCCCCCCCUUCAUUGUGAUUGGCUUGAUACUGGAUGUUUUCCGUGUUCUGCCCAGAACCCUCUGGAUCCUUGGAAUAAAGUUGUACCUGUU